GCUCGAUCAUUCGGUAAUGCAAGAAUUUAAUUGCUUCCCCGAUGUCUCUUUUUAGAAAUUUGUAGAAAACAAGCAUGGAUAUAAUAAUAGUAGUACGACGUGUGCCCCCCUGACAUUCUCUGGAUAUAUAUAUCGAGUGCCGCCGAUCUUCAAAGCCAUCCUUACCAGAGUCAAGGAACUUCAACACUGCCAACCUACAUUCCCACGUCUUGAUAAAAAAUGAAGGCUGUUGCCGCUGUCCUUGCCCUCGUGGCAGCCGUCCAGGCUCACUACACUUUCCCAUCGCUGGUUGCAAACGGCGGUGCUACCAACAAGUGGGAGUACGUGAGGAAGACAACGAACUACCAGAGCAAUGGACCAGUGACCGAUGUCAGCUCCGAGCAGUUCCGCUGCUACCAACUCGCCGCAGGCAACGAGGGCGCCAAGACGAUGACCGUAGCCGCCGGCUCCACCGUCGGCUUCACGGCCGACGCCUCCGUCUCGCACCCGGGGACCCUACAGUUCUACAUGGCGAAGGUGCCCGGGGGCCAGAAGGCGGACUCGUGGGACGGCGCAGGCGCAGUGUGGUUCAAGAUCUUCUCGCAGGGCCCGAACAUCUCGCCCAGCGGUCUGACCUGGCCCAGCCAGGGCGCCAAGGAGGUCACGACCAAGAUCCCGUCGUGCAUCCCCGCCGGAGACUACCUGCUCCGCGUCGAACACAUCGCUCUUCACUCCGCGGGCUCGGUCGGCGGCGCCCAGACGUACAUCUCGUGCGCGCAGCUCACUGUUACUGGCGGCGGCAGCAAGACCCCUACGAACCUUGUCUCGUUCCCUGGCGCCUACAAGGCUACCGAUCCUGGUCUAUUGAUUAACAUCUACUACCCGGUGCCCACUUCUUACACCGCUCCUGGUCCUGCUGUGUUCACCUGUUAAGUGGCUGUAGAGGUUAGGUGAUUUAGGUCUAUGGAGUUCGCGACGGGAAGAGAGUAAUACCAUGAGUCUCUAAAUAGAUGUCUUAACUUCAAGUCUUAGUACGUUUCACGUGUGAAAUCCCAAUUGACAGCUUCUACCUCG